UUGCAAAACAGAAGAACAAAAACUGAGAAAACGAAAAUUGAAGAAGAAGAAGAAGCAGUGGAAGAAGCUCUGAGGCAGUGACUGAAUCUUCAUCACCGUUUAGAGCGAGAAAGAGGAGAGAGAAAGAGAGAGGAGAGAGAUGUCUGACCUAGACAGACAAAUUGAGCAGCUGAAACGAUGCGAACCUCUGAAGGAAUCUGAAGUGAAAGCUCUCUGCCUUAAAGCCAUUGAAAUCCUUGUUGAAGAAAGCAAUGUUCAAAGGGUCGACGCUCCUGUCACUAUAUGUGGGGAUAUUCAUGGACAGUUUUAUGAUAUGAAAGAGCUUUUUAAAGUAGGAGGUGAUUGCCCUAAGACUAACUAUUUGUUCCUUGGGGAUUUUGUUGAUAGAGGAUUUUAUUCGGUUGAAACGUUUCUGCUUUUGCUCGCUCUCAAGGUGAGGUAUCCAGAUCGGAUAACACUCAUUAGGGGAAACCAUGAAAGUCGUCAGAUCACACAGGUAUACGGUUUCUAUGACGAAUGCCUUCGGAAAUAUGGUUCAGUAAAUGUUUGGAGAUAUUGCACCGACAUAUUCGAUUACUUAAGCUUGUCUGCUCUAAUUGAAAACAAGAUUUUCAGUGUUCAUGGUGGCCUCUCUCCUGCCAUUACAACAUUGGAUCAGAUACGAACUAUUGAUAGAAAGCAAGAGGUACCUCAUGAUGGUGCCAUGUGUGACCUCCUAUGGUCAGAUCCUGAAGAUAUUGUGGAUGGAUGGGGUCUGAGUCCCCGUGGUGCUGGUUUCUUGUUUGGCGGUAGUGUUGUCUCUUCUUUUAACCACACCAAUAACAUUGACUAUAUUUGCCGAGCUCAUCAGUUGGUAAUGGAAGGAUAUAAAUGGAUGUUCAAUAACCAGAUAGUUACUGUCUGGUCAGCUCCAAAUUAUUGCUACAGAUGUGGUAAUGUAGCUGCAAUUUUGGAAUUAGACGGUAAUCUUAAUAAGCAGUUUCGUGUGUUUGAAGCUGCCCCACAGGACUCAAGAGGCGCACCUGCCAAGAAACCAGCGCCAGAUUACUUCCUAUAAAGCAGUUUUCUUUGUUUCUAUAUCUAAAUACAUGAAUUGACAAAGGUGAGAUUUGAAUCAAGGAGAUGUCUGUAACGGGAAGAAUCAGCGAAGGGGAAUUGUCAAUUCUGGAGGCAGGAGUAUGUCAUACAUGCUUGUGCAUCUGCUUGCUUCAUGCAUAUCAUUAUUAUUGUAGCAGUGUUGUGAAUUAGUAUGAUUGAUUUGGAAAUAUGUGAUUCUUACCUUUGUUCAUUCAGAAGAUGUGAUGGACAGUGGGUUUAUUUAGAAAGAAAAGGACAUUUGCAUAUAUGAGAACUUGAUUAGGAUUGGAUCAGGGAAUAUUGGGAGUCCAUAUAAUCCUGUGGAGGAAAAAACCCACUAUUCAAGUUUUGUUAUUUGUUUGGGUUAUAGAAGUUUAUUAUUCAAUUUA